GUGGCCUCCAUUCCCAUCUUAGGAAAUGGUCCUCAGGAGGUCAGUGAUCUCAUAGUCAUUGGAGGUUCACCUUGUUUGAAAGUAGUUUUGACCUCUUACCAUUGUUGUGUGACACUAUUUCUAGGAAGAAGUGAGCAAAUAUCUUCUCACCUCAGAGAGGGAGCCGAUAAGAGAGCAAGUAGAAAUACCACUAAAGUCCAACAUAGUGAGUCAACUGUGUUAUUGGUAUUAGUUAGUGUAAUGUGGAUGAGGGUUUAUUUCCUGCAACAGAAAUGACUCGAAGACAGCUGCAUUACUCCAACAUGAGUGACAACGCGGGGCAUACUGCACAACUUGCAGGUUCUUAAAAGGCACUUCCAUUUCCUGAUAUUCUGACAUUGACUCCACGAGCUUAGACUCUAAACUGAGUGGCUACCAAGAAAUCCUACACUGAGGUAAAAUUACUACCAUAGGAGGUGCCAUUAGAAGAUCUGUAGGGAGACUUCCCUGGGAUAGUGGCAACUCAGCUGAACAUUAGGGCAUCAAGUACUUGAAACAGAGGUGGGAGUCAUGGGAGGAGGAACAUUCCUUAUACACUAAGCAGAUCUGAUCUCAAAGUGUGUGUGUGUGAAGGAGUAUAUGCAUGUAUAUCUGUGUGUGUGUGUGUGUGUGUGUGUGUGUGUGUGUGUGUGUGUGUGUGUGGAGUAUAUGCAUGUAUAUCUGUGUGUGUGAGAGAGAUAGAGACAGACAGAGAGAGACAGAGAGACAGAGAGACAGAGACAGAGAGACAGAGAGAGACAGAGAGACAGAGAGACAGAGAGACAGAGAGACAGAGACAGAGACAGAGAAUGACCCAGUCUGCAUGUGGAAGAGGACAGCCACUCCGUAUGUCAGACUAGCUGGCCAUGAGCUUCCAGGGAUUCUCCUGUCCCCACAUCUCUCUUCACUAUAGGAGCACUGACUUCCCGUGAGGAUCCAAACUCGGUCCUUACACUUGCACCUUAAGCCUUUACCCACCAAUAUGACAGCAUAGUUAGUAAAGUCAGUAAAAAGGUACUUUUUCAAGUUGUUCUUUUCACCCGAUUCAAAGCAAACAGCAAGGAAAACAAUAAUAUUGUUAGCUAAUUUAUUUAAUAUUUGUCAUUUUCCUCCUAUGAAUCUAUAGUCUCAAAUCUAAUAUAACAUUAGACAAUGUGUCUAAACAUCUGCAGAUCCGGUGACAUUCAUAACUGUGCACAGUCCACUUCCUUUUAUAAACAUCAAAUUUCCUUUUAUACUCCUUCCUUCUGUAUUCAGCAAUGACCUAAACUCUCAUCCCAAAAGUGAGAGGUUUAAAAAUUAGGGUCUGUGUGUGCUUGCUGCAUUUCAAAAAGGAACACGGAAAUAAAGGCCUGCUAGCUCCCUCUCUUUAAAAAAUAAAAUAAAGUCCACCCUACAACGGAUGCAGGUUGCUGUAGACGAUUGGACGUCAGUUUAGACUUUGAGGCAGCAACUUGAAUUCUGACUGAAGAUCCCCUUCUGAGGGAACACGCUGCUACUGCCACCUGGGGGAGGUUCUUUUCUACUUCGUUCAAGAGAACCAGUUGUUCACGAAGGAUGGAUUCCACUAGCAUCUGCCUUGUCAGGUCCACACAGGAAGAGGAAGGCCCAGCUGUCUCCAGAAUGCCUUCACAAAGUACUAUUUGAUAGACUUCUGAGGGCUGUAAAAAAGGGCUAGAGUGUAACUACAAAGCCUCUUCAGUAUCUCCCACGUGAUGUGAAUGAGUCUGGGGAAGUGUGGACUAUAUAAUGACAAGAGGAGGAAGAAAAAUCUGAGAUUUUUUAAUAUCAAAAACAAAACUAAUUUUAAAGAAAAACUAUUUAAUGGCACCUUACAGUUCACUGUGUACCUUAAUUAUGUCAUCAGUAGUUGCUUAUGAAAUUGCAUGUCUUUGAGCACACAGAAUAUUUUAACAGGCUAAGUUGAUACAUUUCAAAUAUGUGGAAAUAACCUAGAGAAUUUUCUUAGAAAAACUCAAAUUUGUGAAUUUAACUUUUACAUAGUCUGUAAACAAUUAUAAACAUGUAUAUAUUCACCAGCAUUUUUCAUGAAGUGACAUAUGGUUUAUUUGUUAAAAUGGAAAAGUUUUAACUGUCACUAAGAAUGUUUCAUGCUUUUGCUCUGGGUACCUUGUUACUUAUUAGAAACAUACUCAGACUUUAAUUCUGGAAAUACAGGUUUCAGGAAGUAUUGAUUAAAAGGAUGGUCCUGUCAGAUAACAUCCGUAGGCUCUGAUUAGAAGAUAGCUAAUCACUUAUAAAGAGGAUGUCUGGUGACAGAUUAACUAAACGAAACGAUGAGGUAUCAGUCCCCUGCUAGUGCCACACAGUCAGGAGACCAAAGUUCAUCUCAAAGGAUAAACUUUACCAGUUUCAAGGAAGUCUGUAAGAAUACGUGUCCAGGAUCAAAAGGGCUAUGAUGGACGCCAACAAGAUGAUCAUCAAUUUGGCUGUCCUUGGCAAGACUCAGAGUGGGAAAAGUUCUGCUGGGAACGUUCUUUUGGGGAGUGCUGACUUCUACAGCAGGUUUGCUCCAGGUUCUGUAACCAAAGAUUGCAGCCUGGGUCGCAGUUGUCAUAUCCAUGGCUUCAUGCGUCGAGGAGGACACGAGAUUAGUUUGCAGAUACAGGUAUUGGACACUCCAGGGUAUCCACACAGCAAGCUGAGCACGAGAUGUGUAAAACAGGAAGUAAAGAAGGCCUUGGAGCAUCACUUUGGACAAGAGGGUCUCCAUCUUGCUCUGCUGGUCCAUAGAGCUGAUAUGCCUUUCUUCGGACAGGAAGCAUCUGACUCAGUCCAAUUGAUUCAGGAACUUCUGGGAGAUUCUUGGAAGAACUACACCGCUAUUCUUUUUACCCAUGCAGAAAAAAUCAAAGAGGCUGGGUUAAGCGAAGAGGAAUAUUUGUGCGAGGCUUCUGACGCACUGUUAACCUUGCUAAAUUCUGUUCAGCACAGACAUAUUUUCCUAUAUGAAAGAGGAAACUCAUGGAGUGAACAAAGAAUUAAAAUCUUAGAAAGAAUCAUGGAAUUUAUAAAAGAAAAUCAUUUUCAAGUUCUUAGUUUUACAUAAAGUUUAAGUGAAAAGAAGAGGGCACUGGUUAUCAAUCAGGGACUGAUAUCCGAUUUUAAAAUCUGGGGCAGGAGAAUUCCCUGUACAGCCAUUGAGUCAUUUUGGAAAAAAAUUGUAAAUAAAAACUAAUAUUAAGGAUUCAAGAUUUCAUGAUAUCAGAGUUAUACUCACAAGUAUUUAUCCAACAGAAAAGUGUGCACUUGUGCAUUUAGACACAUGCAUAUACAAGAAUGUCCAUGGUGGUACCAUUGAGCAUAGCUGAAGACUGAAAACUAUCUAAAUGCUCAUUUAGAAUAAUAUUCAAAUUGUGGUAAUUUAACCCACUGACAUGUACAGUGUGAGAAUGGACAAGCUCACUCUCCUGUAAUAGCAGCUAUCAACUACCUAAGUAGAAUGCCAAGAGAACGAAGCACAGAAACUGUGCUCAAUGGUUCCAUUUGUAUAACGACCAGAGACAAAGACCAGUGCAACUCUCUUCUAGUGCAGAGAAACGCUGGGCAUCAGCAAAGUCACAGGAUGCUGUGGGAUGGCCGCAGAGGUGUUGGCAAGGCUAUUUCCCGAUUUGGAAACCGGUUUCAUUUGGAUGUCUACCUUGUAAAAUGGAACAAAAUUUCCUGUAAUGUAUGAGCUCAUAACGAUAUUUGGGAAUAUAAUUGCGAAUGAAUAAAAGAUUUUUAAAAGA